AAGAUUUCACGCAUGCGCAGUAGGGACCAUGUUUGGCACAAGAUUUCGUCAGGGCAGUAAAUAAAAAAACUCAAUGGAGGACCUCAAAAAAUCCCUGAAGAUGCCGCUGUUUGGAAAUACCUUCAGCCCGAAGAAGAUUCCUCCUCGAAAGUCUGCAUCUCUGUCCAGCCUGCAUACGUUGGAUCGUUCAACCAGAGAAAUAGAACUUGGUCUUGAGUUUGGACCUCCUACAAUGAACAUUGGAGGUCAGAGCUGGAAAUUUGAAGAAGGACAGUGGAUAACAGAAUCUGGUGGAAAUGUGUCCAGUAGGGAAGUGAUGCGGCUCAGGAAAAGAAAUGGGCAGCUGGAGGAAGAAAACAACCUCCUGAAACUGAAGAUCGAAGUUCUCAUGGACAUGUUGACUGAGGCUACGUUGGAGUUCCACCUGAUGGAGAAAGAAGUUGAAGACAUAAAGACUCAACAUCAAAGAAAAAAAUGACAACAGCAAAAUGACCCUGACUCUUCCAGCGGCUCCAUGAUGAAAAUAUUCUUUUAUUUGAAUAACCUAUUUUUGUAUUGAUUAUUUUUGUAAGCUCACAAGAAUUCAGUGAAAUUGAAUUGAGUGACAUUUUGUGUUCAUUUUGUUCUGGUUGUGUUAAAUUUGUUUAUUUCAAUCUGAAUCAAACGACUUUAUGUUCUGUAUGCACCGUUUUACAAACUUUUGUUUUUAUUAUUGCUUUGUGUGUUUUACUUGUUUUUUCGGAUUAAAAUAAAACUUGUUUGGUCAAAUAAGUUGUUUUUUUAUCAUUCGUCAUUUGUCUUUUACCUCCACACAAUACAUAUUGCUGUUUAUUUCAUAUAUUGUAUGAUUAUUGUUUUACAUUUAUGCCUGGCCUUGGAGACUACAGACAAACAAAAAAAGAACAUCUUAUCAUAUGUGCACUUACUGUUAGGGUUUACAUACAAUAAUCAGUAGACCAUGACUUUAAGCAACAAUUAAGUUGAACAUAUUUUGUAAAUAUUGCUAGAUUAUCUACUCUCAUAUUCAAUUAAUGCUGUAUUUUUUUAUUUAUGUUUAGAUUUUAGAAAUGUUUGCUUUUGCCACACAGUACUCUGAGGUUAGUUUUCUUAGAAUUUGUAGUUGUUUAUGUAAUCUAAAUUAAAAGUUGAUAUUAAACUAWUUGUUGCGUUAA